GAGAAAUCGCCACAUAUAGCUCUAAAACAUGGAUUUUUUUUUCAAACUAAGCCAUAAAUGUUUAUAAUGACUAAAUAUAUUACAUUAAAUGGGUAAAUGAUAAUUAAACAAUUUCAUACAGAUAUGAUUUUUCAAAUUUUUGUUUUCGAUAUUUUUUUCAAAAACUGUUUUUUUUAAUCAAAAAACUUAAAAUUUAAAAUAUAUAUAUUGAUAAAUAUGGAUAUAUAUAUAUAUCACUCAAUUUGAAUUAUAUGUAUAUUUAGCAAAAUAUUCUUAAAUAUGUAGAAAAUAUUUCUAAAGUUUAAGUAAGACCUUCUUGCAUUUUGAAAUCUAAAUUUUAUAAGGAUCUUAUACAGAUUUAAAUACUCAUAUAAAUCAAAUUCAGUAAAAUGUCUUACACAUUUAAGAAGGCUUUCCUAAAUAUACAUACAAGUUACAUUUAAAAAAUAAAAAUCUAACUUAUGAAUUUGAUAAUUUUUUUUUAACAAAUUCAAGAAGAUGUUCUUCAUAUCUACGAAGGUCCUCCUUGACUAUUUUGUGAAAAAAAAAAUUCAAAAGGAAAAUUGAUUUGUUUAUUUUAUUAUUUUUCAUAUUUUUAUCAUCUAUUUAUUUUUGAAUAUGUCAUAAAUAAUUAACUAAUUUUAUAAAUGAGGGUAUAAUUAUUAUUUACCCAUUUAAUAAAGGGCUUAAUAAAACCUAAUUUGGUAAUUUUGAUCAUGUAUUGGAGGUUAUUUAGAAACAAAAACUAAAAAGGAUAUUUAGGAAAUCUCCCCAGUUUUUUAUCACUGAAUAAUAUUUUUUUUGUAUGAACUUUAAAAAGUGCUAAUUUAGAGAUUUUCCUUUUUAAAUAUGGAAGUAAAAAGUAAAAAUCGAACCGAAAGCUCUAUCUAUAAACAGGUCCAUAUGAUUUUCUUGCAGCACAUUAAGAGGUUGCUUUCUCUCUAAUAUAAGCUACAACUUUUAUAAGAUCGUCAGAAGUUCCAACAAAGUUCAAAAAAAUAAAUGUUUAUCGGGUCUGCUCGUAUUCUUAUUCUUCGUUGCUCUAACACUAGCAGCCAGAGCGUUAAUACCACCUUUUCUCGCCGCUUUUCUUCCGUUCCGGCGGCGGAAAACGCAAAGGAUUCUGUUAUUGAUUUGGCGCUGAACUCGGUGGUGAAAGUGUUUUGCAGCUCUUCCAAGUCCAACGUUUUGCAACCUUGGCAAAAAAAUCUGCCGCGACAAUGUUCUGGCUCUGGAUUUGUCAUAUCAAACAAUAAGAUUCUUACGAACGCUCAUGUAGUGGCUGAUCACACAUUCGUGCAAGUCAGAAAACAUGGUUCACCAACCAAAUUCAAAGCAGAAGUCGAAUCAGUUGGUCAUGCUUGUGAUUUGGCAAUUUUGAAGAUUAAAAGCAAAACGUUUUGGAAAGAUUUGAAGCCCUUGGACUUCGGAGACGUACCCUUUCCUAAAGAAACUGUGUUUGUUGUUGGAUAUCCAAGAGGUGGUGAUAACAUUUGCAUUACGAAAGGUGUUGUCUCUAGGAUUGAAGUUACCAGAUACUCUCACAGCAAAACUAGUCUAAUGACAAUACAAACAGACGCAGCUGUUAAUCAUGGAAAUAGUGGUGGUCCAGCAUUCAUGGAUAACAAAGUUGUUGGUGUAGCGUUUCAAGGUUUUAAGAACACAGGCUACAUUAUCCCAACUCCAGUAGUUAAGCAUUUCAUAUCUGGUGUAGAAGAAAAUGGCAAAUUCCCUGGAUUCUGCUCGUUAGGUAUAUCGUGUCAGCAUAUGCAGAAUACUCGUAUGCGUAAUUACUUCAAGAUGACCCCUAAAAUGACAGGGAUUCUAAUAAAAAGAAUAAACCCGUUGUCUAGUUCUUAUGGUAUUCUGAAAAAGGAUGACAUUCUUCUCUCAAUUGAUGGUGUUUCCAUAGGAAACGAUGAGACAGUUGUUUUUCGGAAGACAGAAAGCAUAAAUUUCAGUCACUUGGUUUCUAUGAAGAAACCACGUGAAACAACAACUCUGAAAGUCCUAAGAGAUGGAAAAACACAUGAAUUCAAUAUCAAUAUAACCCCAGUGGAACCUCUAAUUCAAGUGUGUCAAUUUGAUAAGCUUCCAAGUUAUUACAUAUUUGCCGGUUUGGUCUUUUUGCCUUCUACUCCUCAGCCAGGAACGGUACCCAAGAAAGCCGGUGAACAGAUCGUCCAACUUUCUCAGGUGUUAGAGGAUGAAACCACUGUAGGAUACACGUUUUCGAACAACUCGCGGGUAAAGAAAGUGAACGGAGUGCAAGUGGAGAAUCUGAAGCAUCUACGUCAGCUCAUAGAGAAAUGUUGCACUGAGGAUUUGAGAAUUGAUCUAGAGAACGAUAAUACCAUCAUCAUCGGCUACAAGUCUGGGAAAAGAGCAACCCCUAAGAUUUUAAAACGUUACGGAAUACCAUCGACCAUGUCUAAGGACCUUCAGUCUUCGUAGCCGAGUUGUAGCUAACCAAAGAGUUUUGAUCUAAGAUCUUUUGGUUUUCUUUC